GCUUGGCGCGCUGGCACGCUGCUUCGUCUUCGACUUCGGCACGGGCACUAUUCCGCUUCUUCCUAUCCCCUGUCUCGGCUCUACCUUUGUUGGUGAACCAGUGUACAGAGGUCCCGGGCACGGACACAGCUAGACUCCCUCACAGGUUUACUGGUGGUCAAUCGCUUCGCGAAACCCCUACUUACUUUGCUAACCAGGUUCAAAGGUACAGAGAAAGGUGGUACAGGCGCACACCACCGCACAGCACGUUGCUCGCUGUACCAGGCUUUUUUUCUCUCUUUGGGUACUGAGACAUGCGAUGGUGAGGUUCAAGCACAGAUACCUGGUGGCGACCAUAGCUGCGGCAAGUCAAGAGAGGAUCGCCGAGCUGGGGCCGAGCGAAAUCUUGGCGAUGCUCCGGGAAUCGAUAGAAGCCAAUUUUGGAGACUUCGGGUCGGGCAGCACUAGUCAAUCGCUUCAAGUUCGAUCCUUUGACCGCGCCUCGGGGGUGUGCGUGAUUCGUGCCGGGAGGGAAUCGCAUCGGAUGGUACGCGCGUCUCUGACCCUGCUCUCGGGCACCAAGGAUGUACGGUUGUCGGUGACCGUGCAAGCCGUUGCGGGGUGUGACAGGACGCUAAAGGCUGCCGCUGUGGAGGCGUACGCCAGGGGAUACCGGCGAGCGGGCAUAUGCGAUGAUGCUGCUGCAGCUUUGCUGCAGCGGCAGCGGCAGCUUCUUGAAGCGUGGCAAUAGCUAUUUAGCUGCAGUUCGAAAUUUCAUGUGCCAAGUUUGCUUGGCGCGGUGAGGCAUUGCUUGUUUUUUGCGGCGGCACCGGCGACUUCGGCGAGUUUUUUGGGGUCUUGGGUUGCUGCAGCGUCCGAUGCAUUGUCAAAUACAGAAUGAUAGCACCAUGUAGGUGGCUGGGGUAGAUACGUUUCUUCCGUGUUGUAUUGAUUGGUUUGCUCCCCUAAUGUGUCUUGCAAUAGAACGAAGUGGCCGACUUCUGCUGGAAGUCUUGUGACCAGUCGAGAAAUCAUGGUGUGUGCAGCAGCUGCUGCGGCAGUCGGAGCUUCCCAUGGAGUGACCAGCCUAGAUUUCAUAGUGUGUGCGGCACCCGGAGCUUCCUAUGGAGUGUCGGAUAACUUCCUUUCUCAACGCACUAUGUUACUGCCGCAAUAGCUGUUCCUUGCGAGUUUCUUGUGGCGUGCGGUGAAUUUGUUGUAUAUAUCAGUGGCUUGUGUGUGCAGAGCUGUUCGAGGUGUCGCAGGCACUUCUUGGACCGUGCGGUAAUACGAAUUGUUUAUCUCCACUUUUGGUAACAACGUUCUCUGGUAUUACUCUGUGGGAAAGCCACUAAGUUCC